UAUCUAUGAGGACGUCUUAGUUAAUCACAAUAAUCACACUACUUGAAACCACUUGAAACACUGACGAUUGACAUUGACAGUCGACCAUACUUUUAAAUUAAACCGUUUUCCGUUUUCUAACGUGUUGGUUUAUUCUGAGUGUUAUUUUCUGGUUUUUUUAUUACGAUUGUUGCGUGUUCCUGGACUCUGAUACUGACUGCUUCUGUGAUUGACCUGGCUUCGUAUUUUGGACCUGUGAUCUACUGCAUUUUCAUUGACCCGGCUUUGUAUUUUGGAACCUCGAUCGACUGCUUUUACAUUGACCCGGCACCGUAUUUAGGACUAGAAAAUGCGUCCAGUGGAUCGUCUUAGGGGCGGAAUGCCAUCAACGUCAAGAUAUAAGUGCUACUUUGAUUGUGACAAUGACGGCCCAUUGCACCGAUUUCCUAAACCUGAAUACCCACAUUUGGAAAAGUUUAACUCGUGGAAAAAAGUACUAGAUAAAGCUUUACAAGAGAAAGGCGACAUCUACAUUUAUAACCAAAUUCGAUUUUGCGACAGACAUUUUGAAGAGUGUUACCGUUCAGCCAGUCACCGACUUACUCCAAAUGCAAUACCAACUCUAGAUUUAUCUACAUUACCAGUUGGUCAAACUCUUGAAGGUCCAUCGGGACAUGUCGAGGCAGACAUGUCGAAUUUAUUAAACAUUUCGCAAGAUAAACUUGCUGUCAUUGAGCCAUCCAGCUCUACCCACUAUCAUAGUGAUGUACAGAAUGCAUUACAGACAGCUGAACGCCCUAAAGGUUCUAGGAAAAGAGGGACUUGUCAAUAUUUAAAACGAGUCGUCACCUCCAAAGAGAAGGAGAUAAUAAAGUUAAAACAGAAAGUAUUGAAGCUGAAAAGAAAUAUAAGGAACAAAAUAACAAGAAACUCUCUGCAAGGAAAAUUUCCACAUCAAAAUCAUUUUGAAAGAGUUAAAUAAAAUGCC